AAAACGUUGAUAUUAUUUUGGGAGUUGUUCAUAACCUAUUAAUUCACAUAGAACGUAGAUCUAUGAUAACACCAUAACCUUUACAGAAUUAUAGUGGGAGACUGUGGUUGAUCCCGAUCUAGUUCCGCUCCGUCCUGUAAUUUCGUAUCUGCUAAACUUUGUCUAAUACGCAUGUUUGUGUGAUGGGCAAAAAGAAGGCAACAUGUGGGUUGGGGAGAGCGUUGAUUCGGGAGAAGAAUCAGAGUCAUCGUGUUCUGCGGGGCAAGGAUUCUUGGCUCCAUACCAGUGAACUAAAUGAUGGCUAUGACUGGGGUCGAUUGAAUCUUCAGUCUGUGACAGAGCAGAGCUCCAUUGAUGACUUCCUAGCUACUGCAGAACUGGCUGGAACAGAAUUUGUGGCAGAGAAGCUUAAUAUCAAGUUUGUCCCUGCUGAAGCCAGAACAGGUUUGCUUAGUCCUGAGGAGACCAAAAGGGUUCAUAAACUCCAGGAGGAGAAUGAGCAGUUUUUAUGUAUCCCAAGAAGGCCAUACUGGGAUAAAGACACCAGUGCAGACGUGUUAAGACAGUCUGAAAGAGAGAACUUUUUGGAGUGGAGACGUCAGCUUGCUCAGUUAGAAGAGGAAAAGAAACUUAUCCUAACUCCAUUUGAAAGGAACCUUGACUUUUGGCGUCAACUGUGGAGGGUUGUUGAGAGAAGUGAUAUAGUUGUGCAGAUUGUAGAUGCAAGAAACCCACUUCUUUUCAGAUGUCAAGAUUUGGAGCGAUAUGUUAAAGAACUAAGCAAACACAAAGAAAAUAUAAUCUUAGUAAACAAAGCUGAUUUGUUAACUGAACAACAACGCAAAUCAUGGGCAGAGUUCUUUGAGAAGGAGGGCAUAAAAGUGAUAUUCUGGUCAGCUUUAGCAGAAGGAGAGAGACUUGCUGCAGAAGCAAAGCAGGAUGAGCUUCAGGAAGGAUCUUUGCAAGAAGAGUGCUCAGAUGAUGGAGAAAGUGAAGAUGAAGAGGAUGGAACAGCAAACUCUCCUUUGAAUGAACAUGAUAGUGAUACAAGUGAUGAGUACGAGGACUGUGAAGAGGAGGAAGGGUGGCAGACCUGCUCUGAAGAUGCAGAGGAUGAAAGAAUAACAGUGGACCAAGUGCCAGAUACAACACAAGACAAAGUUGUCUGUAAUUAUAGUCAUUUAGUGCACAGUGAUGAACUGCUGGAAAUAUUAAAAUCCAUUCACACAGGGCAGAGAAUUAAACCAGAGCAGAUCACAGUAGGACUGGUUGGUUACCCUAAUGUGGGUAAGAGCUCAACAAUCAACACUAUUCUUGGUAACAAGAAGGUUUCAGUUUCUGCAACCCCAGGACACACAAAGCAUUUCCAGACCUUGUAUGUGGAGCCAGGCCUGUGCCUCUGUGACUGCCCUGGGUUAGUGAUGCCGUCUUUUGUCUCAACAAAGGCUGAGAUGAUCUGUAGUGGGAUUCUACCCAUUGACCAGAUGAGAGACCAUGUCCCGCCAAUCUCUCUCAUUGCUCAGCGUGUCCCUCGAUAUGUAUUAGAGUCUAUAUAUGGUAUCAACAUCAUCCGACCCAGAGAGGAUGAGGAUCAAGAACGAGCGCCCACAGCCGAAGAACUGUUAACAACCUAUGGAUAUAUGAGAGGAUUCAUGACUGCCCAUGGGCAGCCUGAUCAGCCGAGAUCUUCGCGAUACAUCCUGAAGGACUAUGUUAAUGGCAAGCUGCUUUAUUGUCACCCACCCCCUGGAAUUGAACCAUCAGACUUUCAGCUACAGCAUGCUGGGGAUCAAGAGAGGAGAGAAUUGCAGCGAAUCUGCGAUUUAAAGGCACCUGGUGCAAUGAAGGGCAAACAAAUUGAAAAUGUUGUAGACAAAACAUUUUUUCAUCAGGAGAAUGUGCGUGCUUUAACAAAAGGUGUCCAGUCAGUCAUGGGAUAUAAGCCAGGUUGUGGCCCUCAGCCAUUAACUUCAGUCUACUCCGAGAACGCAACAGGAAAACCUUGGAAGAAGCACGGGAACAAAAACAAAAAAGAGAAAAUACGUAGACUCAACAAGCACUUAGAUGCAUAAAACUUAUAGAAACAACUGCAACGUGGAACCAAAAUCUUUGUAUAUAUAGUAACUGAAAAACAUUUGUCAGACAUUUCUUAAUUGCUAAUAUUACAAAAAACAAAAUUUGGAUUGUGCAAUAAAACUUUUUCAUUUA